AUGAACCCAAAGAUGCUGACCAUUGACUAUAGCUACCGUGGUCACAAGAUCGUUUCACAUGACGGUCUAAACUACGGAUAUGGUCUGACGCACUUCUUCAUGCCACGACUUCACUUCGGUGGUGUGAUCGUUGGUAAUUCCAGCGACGCCAAUGACAUUGCAGCGAUUGUCUCCAGGGAAUUCAUAGACCAGGUCCUGAAAGUGUCACAAGACGAACGUCCAGAUUGGAACCAGCAAUUUCACGAUGAUGUCGAGCGUGAUAUCGAGGAGGAAAAGAAGAGGGUGGAAGAUCUCAAGGAAGAAUUGCGCUCAGGCGGAAACGGCGAGCUGGAGCAGAAGAGGUCACUAUCAACUUAUACUGGCCGUUACUGGAACGAAGGAUAUAAAGCCAUGAAGGUCGAGAUCACGGGGAACCAGCUCUACAUCGAUGCCAGUGAUCGGUCAAUGGGCUUCUUCUUGACCUUUGAGCAUAUCUGCGAUCAGACGAAGUAUGUCGUCCACCUGAGCGAUUUUGUUGAAGGAGGCGAUACCCAGAUGGCAGCGGAGUUCGUGUUCGAGGGUGCGAAGGUGGUGAAGUUGGGACUGAAAAUAGAGGAAGAUCUCGAUGAGAUGAUAUGGUUCGACAAGGUACCCCAACCUUUCAAGAUGGGAACACGAUCCCUCGUAUACCUACUGACCCCUUAG